UAAUUAGAAAAAAAAAGGGUUGAAAAAAGGAAAUAUUAGAGGUAUAUGACCCACGCCGGCGCCGCAUGUGGCGGCGGCCUCCCCUUUAGAUGAUUUGAAUGGAAAGCAACCCCACCCACGCCCCUUGUUUCACGCAGCCACCUCCUUCCGCGGUGGCCUCUCAUCCGCCGCCACUUUAACAACCCUAGCCCCCCAAUUCCUCCCUCAAUUUCCCCUAAUUCCCCCAGAUCUCAUCCUCAUCCUCCUCCUCCCCCAUGGCUACGAUUAUCUCACCUUCCUCUCCCGACGACAUCCCCACCACCACCCCCACCCUCCCCGCCCCCCGGCGCCUCCCCCCGCCGUGCUGGACCCCCGAGGAGACCGUCGUCCUCAUCGACGCCUACAAGGACAAGUGGUACUCCCUCAGCCGCGGCAGCCUCCGCGGCCACCACUGGCAGGAGGUCGCCGACGACGUCGCCUCGCGCUGCCCCGCCCACCCCGCCAAGACCUCCGUCCAGUGCCGCCACAAGAUGGAGAAGCUCCGCAAGCGGUACCGCGCCGACAUCCAGAGAUCCGCCGCCCGCAGAUCCGCCUCGUCCUGGGCCCACUUCCAGCAAAUGCACUCCAUGGAGAAGGGCACCGACCUCCCCACCCCCCCUCCGUCUUCCUCAUCAGAAGAAGAGCACAACACCAAGAGCAACAGCGUCAAACGCCGCAUCAACGAUCUCUACAACCGCCACGCCAAUCAGAGCGGCGCAUCCACGCCCGGGGUCCGGAUCAAGAUGCCUGGCGCGGCGGCGAAGGCUCCAAACCCUAACCCUAGAAUUGUCCCAAAUUCGAGUGGUAAGCCGUCGGUGGUGGAAGCGAUACAGGCGUUGGGAGAGGGAUUCGUGAGAAUGGAGCAGAUGAAGAUGGAGAUGGCACAGCAGAUUGAAGAGAUGCGGAUGGAGAUGGAGCUCAAGAGAACGGAGAUGAUUCUCGAUUCGCAGCGCAGAAUUGUCGACGCUUUUGCUCGUGCCAUCAAGAAGCCCAAGAAUCAUUUGUAACUUUAAGUGCAAAAUGGAUUUGUUACUUUUUUUUAUGAGGACAAGAAUAAGUUCAAAUUUAUCAAGCACCAAA